AAUUCAGUUAACUUAGGUUAUAGAUUGCGGCUGUGAUUAUGUUUGAUUACUAGUUGCUUGUACAGUUACAGUAGUUUGAAUACAAUUAAUUUAAAAAUUAACAAGUUUACAGUAAUUAGAAACGUGAAAGUUUAAAAUUUAAUAAACAUGAAGAAGAUUGUGUAUGCUCAGAAGACAACACUGAGAAUGAUGGCAGUAUGAUAUAUUUGCAUGGUUUUCCUGCACCUUUAUUUUUUAUGUAGAUUGCACAACUAAGACCAGAACUACGUUUUUGGAGGCUCCCCUACAUUGCUACUCAAAAUGAGUGUGAAAAAUUUCCAAUUAAGUGAAAACUCGUCUGUUUUUGAUCACAAAGCAUGUACUAUUAUUUCGUAUCCCAACACUAACUUCACAAGUAUUGCAAGUUCCAGUAUAGUUUCAGUCAGGGAGCCACAGACCAAAGAUGAAUAUCGUAUUACAGAAAUUGAGAAGGAAAUCCAUUCAUUGGAAUCCGUUUGUAAAUCUAUGUGUGCUGACCUGGAGCAUUCCCCUCUCACUACGAGAUAUGUUGUUGAGAUACAGAGAGUGUGGGAUCUCCUGGUCAAGUCUCACAAUAACAGCAAGCGGAUGGCCGACGUCAUCAAAGAGCAACUCCAAGCCCUCUCUAAUAACAACAUGAAGCUGACUGUGGCCCACGAGCACAGCAAGUCCGAGCAGAAGACCAUUGACAACCUUACUCAGGAAGUGAAGCGAGCACUGAGAAUGGUAGAUACAGCUCACACCCGCGAGCAAGUUGCGCAAGAGACCAUUGAAAACCUGCGACAGCAAAUCAAUCGGUUACAUUCUGAACUGGAGAGCAAAUCUAGAAUGUCUGACCAUGAUGGAGAGUUUAGUUCAAUGGCAAAAACCAAGGAAGCGCAAGCAAAAGAACGUGAACGAAUGAUGGCUGAAAUUUCCAACUUGCGAGAGAGACUGAAUGCUGCUAUGACGUACCAAGAUGAGCUGGAGAGGAAGAACUCCUCAGCUGAUUUAAGGAUAUCAGAACUACAGCAGGAGCUGGAGAACCAGACUAACGAGAUGUCAAAAGAGUCAAGGUUCAAAGAGCGGUUUGAGGACGAGUUGCUUCGAGUCAAGAAGGAACUUACAGUCAAAGACAGUCAGAUUGUGACACUGAAUGAACAGAUCCAGGAACUUCAAAUGAAAAUGAUACACCAUCAGAAUGCCAAUAAAGAGCUGAGGGUGUUGAAUGACAAGAACGGCCAGACCAUUGAAGUGAUGAACCAGCGACUUGUCAAGUCACAAGAAGAUUACCAGAGGGAGGUCGGCCUGGUGGAGGAGCUGCGACAGACCAUCACAGUGCUCAACAACCAGGUCAAGGCGAAUGAAGAUGAAAUAGCCAAGUUGUUGUCAGAGGUGGCCAAAACAUCAACAAUCCAGGAAAUGUUUAAAAAGAAGAUAAGUAAAAUAGAAGGACAGAAGAGUGAGCUGGAAGAACAAAAAGCAAAGUUAGUGAUGAGUCUGCAGACUCUACAAAGGACGAUCAGAGAAGAACAGAAUAAGGGGAAGGAUGAUAAGAUGCUACUAGAGAGCACGAUUAGAGAGAGGGACAUAGUCAACAGAAACUUACUUAAAGUCAAUGCUCUUGUCAGUGAAAAAGAACAAGUAAUAAAAUUGAUAAAUCAAGCAAAGCUGUACUUGGAGCAUGACAUUGACAACACUCGUUUGGAGUUGAGUAGACAAUCACAGCACAUUGCUGCUCUGGAGAAGGAGAAGGACAGACAUGUGGCUGAUGCUGUGGUGUUGACUAAGAAACUGGAAGCUGCCAUUGAUGACACUAAGCUGCAGCAAGUAGCUGUCAAUGACUACAAGAAGAAACUGACUCAGUCGGAGGGCAAACUGGCUAACAAGGCGAGCGAAUGUGAGAACUUGCGCUUUGAACUCAACACUUGCACCAAGAACCUCAAUGAAGCUCAGGAGGAUAUCUUGGAGUUCAAACACAAGUCUAAGGUGAUGACUCUCCAGUUAGAACAGCUUAAGGAAGACAUUGCUGGCAAAGAGAUGCAGUUAAUACGAGAACAGUUAGCGCUGCGUAAGGCCCACGCUGAGAAGGAGGCGAUGAGGAUAGAGACACAGAAGGUGGAGGCAGAGUUGAGAGAGAUAAAACAGGUUGUUAGCAACUUAGAGAUGGAAGUGAACAGUCUGCAACACAGUGGGAGAGAGGCGUACGCUCAGCACCACAGGGACCUCAAAGAAAUUGAUCAGCUAAGGGGUGCGAGAGAAGCAAUUAAUGCACAACUUGUGCGGCGAAAUGAUGAACUGGCAGUGUUGAGAGAGAAGACAAAAACAUUGCAGAGCAGCUUGGAUGCUGGACAGAAGCAGUACUCCCAGCGGCUCGAGGAUAUCAGGGUCCUCAAGCUGGAGAUUCAACGACUCAGGCAAUAG